AUGUUGAUAACCAAAGGCAAACAGGUAGGGGAAGAACAUUUUUUGAGUAUAAACAUGAAAUGGAGACGGUAUUUCUCAAGAAAAAAAAAUAUCCGUCCUGAAUUGCUGCUAGCAAGUGAUCAAAUAGAUACUCAAAUAGAUAUGAACAGUGAUAAUGCUAUCACUACAGCUGCACCAGAUGUGUCUUCACCAUCUAAAAGUGUAAGCAGCCCAAAAUCAUUGCAAGCAGUGACACCACAGAAGAAAAGUCAGAUAAUUCGAAAAAGACAAGGUAUUAUGGAAAAAAUAAGAAGUGACCGCAAAACGUAUUAUGAGGAAAAACUGCACAUAGAAAACUUAAAAUUAGAAGAAAUGAAAAAAGGAACCAACUGAUUGAGGAACGAAACAACAUCCUCAAAGAAAAGCAGUGUAACUGUCACAAAACAAGCUCCUAGCUUUACUGUAUUUUGCCAUUAAAGUUAAGUCAUAGUUUAUUAGUUUUGUUGCGUUCAGUAUUGAAAUAUUAAUUUUAUAUUAUGUUAUGUUCAAAUUUGAUUUGUGUUCUAGUUUUAUAUUAUUGCAAAUGAGUACAUAAAGUUCAAACAAAUGGGGAUGCACUCUUUUUCCAGUACUCUUCAGGACCUUGUAGAGGAAGGUCUUAACCUUAAUUAGAUACUCAACAGUUUUGAAAAUAAUGGGUAUGCAGACAUUAACUUGUUCAUAACUUGAAUGCUUAACAUAACGUCAGAAACAAGUUAGUAGUGACCUAUGUGUCAAGUGAUCCCAGUAUUCUCAACAACCACAGCCCAAAACUCUGUAAAUUAUUUAAAGUUGACCAUUUCCGAGUUAUAAGCAAUUUAUGUCUGAACAUCACUACAAAUAAGCAUUUUCUGUGUUGAAACUUAUGGUUUGCAUUGACAGGUGUCUAAAUCAAAGUUAAAACCUUCCCCUACCACAUACUGAAAAGUGUUAUGGAAUUAGUUUAUUUUAAAGUUACGUAUAAGCUUAUUUGGUAGGCUGAAAUAGGUGCAAGUGUCAUUUGAACAGGGUGUAAUCUGCUUGUUUUUGAUUAGUUUUCAGUUGUGCAAUUCCUUUUGGAUAGACUGAUUUAUGUUUUGUUGCAGUAUCUCUAAUUAGCUUUCAAGUGUGUCAUUUAU